AUGGCCGCUUCGUCCCUGUCGAAGGUGCAGAGAUGGCGGAGGCCGGCGGCCGCCGUCGGUUUCUUUAGGAGGGGGUUCCUCCACGAGGGCCCCGACACAGUGGAAGAGCUGCUGGAGAGGCACCUGGUGGGAAAGGAGAAGAAAGCGGACGACGAUGAGGAGGACGAGAUCGCGGCGCGGCGGCGGCUGACCAGCACCAGGAAGGAGGCGCUGGCGCUUUACCGGGACAUCCUCCGAGCGACGCGCUUCUUCCCCUGGCCCGACGCUCGGGGGGUGCCGUGGAGGGAGGUGCUCCGGGAGAACGCCCGCCGGGAGUUCGAGGAGGCUCGAUACGAGCGCGAUCCGGGGAUCAUCACCCGCCUCCUCAUUGGGGGUAGGGACGCCGUUCAAUCCGCUCUCGAUAAGCUCGUUGAGAAGCACCGAAAGAUGGCCGACGAGGGCAAGGACGGGGAGACUUCCCGUCGGUGA